AUGGACGGGUUUACGACCCCCCACUUUGCAGUGACACCCGUAUUCAACAGAACAAUAACGCGGGCGAGAACCAAAGCCACGAAGCGAGCGACAAGAAAUUGGGGCAAAGUCUGGAACGAACAUACACACGCUCGACCAGACUCGGGCACUUACAUACCACGACCCCCCGCCCUCAAACUACACCCCAUAUUCAACCGUCCCACAUACCCCCGCAACGUACAAUGCCGCCUAGUCCAAUUCCUUACCGGAUACGGCUUUUAUGGGGCGUACAGCGCUCGCUUCCACCCACACAUCGACCCACAAUGCCCAUGCGGCGAACCAUCACAAACGCCCGAGCAUAUACUCAUGUUCUGUCCGGAGACGGAAAAAUUUAGGCACAUCAUCACUGACAUAUCGCCUGAACGCUCCUGGGAGGAGAUUUUCGGAACACUGCCGGGACUGGAGGCAGUAUCUGAGUUCAUACUGAAGUCGGGAAUCGGAAAGUGUAGAGAUCCGCCGGCAGCCGCUCAACAUUUGUAG